AUGCCCCCUCCAAACACCCCCGCAUCGGACCCCCCUCCGGGCGCAGUCAACAUCAACUCCCUCUCCUCCCAGCAGCUCCGCGCCCUGCAAUCCCGCCUCUCCUCGGAACUCGAACACCUGACUUCCUCGCACGCCAAGCUGCGCGCCGCGCAGUCCAAGUUCCGCGACUGCGUGCGCUCCAUCAACGAAGGUGUCCUGGGCUCCAAGAAGAAGGGCACUGACGGAAAAGAUGAUAUCUUGGUUCCCCUGACGAGCUCGCUCUACGUGAAGGGGAAAUUGGCGGAUCGCGAAAAGGUCCUCGUUGAUGUUGGGACGGGGUUUUAUGUUGAGAAGACACCGCAAAAAGCGAUCGAGUUCUACGACGAAAAGAUCAAAAGCCUAGAUGCCAACUUGCUGGAAUUGGAGAAGAUCGUGCAGACCAAGAGCUCGCAGCAGAGGCUCUUCGAAGACGCCCUGAGACAAAAACUGUUGAGUGAAGGUGCCGCCGGGGGAUCGGGUCAGGCUGCCGCUGCCGGAGGCGGUUGA